AUGAUAGUGAGGCUGGAGGCCACAGGACAGGAAAUCACAGCAUGGAUCGAGGAUAGAAGGAGGAAGAGGAAGAAAAGCCAGGCCAUCGUCAUCGGGCAUGUGAUGCUGAAUCAUCGUGGCCGGUUGUCAUACCCCAAACCAGGAGGCCUGGUCGUUGUCCAGCCGCAGCCGCGGGUCAGCGAUCUUGGUGAGUUCGGGGAUGGCGGGGGAGCUGUAGCCCAACACGAACCCGAAGCUCAUGGGACCCAGAACGGACGCAAACGUUGCCAGCAGGCAGAGGGGCAGAGUUUAUUUCCCACUGCCGUGUCAGAGGAGGAGCUGGAUGAGGCCGGGAGGAGAAGCACCUUCAGGCAGCUUUUUGGCUCCAGUAAAAUCUUUCUGGCACCGGGAGACAAACGCCCUCAGAGACCAGACCUACAGGGGAGCCUCGUCAUUCAGAGCAAGGCCGCCGAGCAUUACACAAAUGGAAAAGAGGCGAUGGGGAAGUUCCGGUAUGAGAAGGCUGUUGUCUGCUUCUCCAAAGCCAUCACACUGCAACCAGAACAGGCUCAGCUGUAUGUGGGUCAGGCCGAGGCCUACCUGCAGCUGUGUGACUUCCAGUCAGCAGCAGCCUGUUAUAAAAAGGCCUGGCUCCUGGAGCCCGGAGCUGUCGGCGACCGCUUGGCCUUCAUCUACUAUCUCCAGGGCCAGUGUUUGUUUGACCGAGGUCUUUUCCUGGAGGCUCUGGAGGCCUUCAGCAAGGCUGCUGAGGUGAAGCCCGGCUGCAGGGCCUAUGCAGUCAGAAGCCUGGCCUGUCUGACAGCUGCAGGUCACCACACUGACUGUCUGAAGCUGGUGAACGACUGGAUGGUGUCAGACGGUCCCACCGCUGACCUUUACACGCUCAGAGCCCGACUGCACCAGCGGCUCCGCCAGACAUCACGCUGUUAUCAGGACGUGAAGUCGGCGUUGGCGCUGAACCCGACGUGUCCAGAGGCUGGAGCACUGCUGCUGCAGCUGCAGCAAGCCGGUGAGCGGGCCAGACAAAAGGCUGUGGACCGAGCUUUGACUGGCCAGCUGCCUGGAGCCCUCCGCAUGAUCAAUGUCGCUCUGGAGAACUGCCCGCAGGACGGACGCCUCUACCUGUUCAGAGGGAUACUCUACCGACGUCUGAAAGACUUCACGGCCGCCAUCGAGGAUCUGGUCCAGGCUGUGGAGCUGAGCGAGAGUGAGGAGGGGGGUCGUAGGUCAGGCGACAAGAGGGAUGAGCGUGGCUCUUUGGAAGAGGAGGUGGAGUUUCAGCUGGUUCUCACCUACAAUGACUUUGCUGUUCAGUGCUUCAGUAGAGGCCUUUACGCUGAAGCAACUCUGCUCCUCAACAAGGCCAUCGAGGAGGAGAAGGGCCAGGCAGGCCUUUACCUGAACCGAGGAGACUGUUUUUUUAAGCAGGCUGAGUGGUGUUAUGCUCUGGCUGACUACCAGCAGGCUGAGGAGAUGAUGCGGCCUGAUGACCCUGCUAUCCGGCUGCGCCUCGCUGUCCUCCACAACACGUUGGGCACUUUUUGCUUCCAGGACGGGCGUUUCCAGGAGGCAGCUGACAUGUUUUCUCUGGCCAUCCAGUACAACCCCGCAGCCGGUCAGUACUACGAGAACAGAUCGAAGGCCUUCCGAAAGCUCCUAAACCUGGAGGGAGCCAGACAGGACUUCAUCUGCAUGCUGAUCCUGGAUCCCACCAACGAGGAGCUGCCUCCGAUGCUCAUGAAUCUGUUCCCCGGUUGCAGCGUGUCUGAUGUUUUGUCCAGUCCAGCAGGACAAGCAGUCAGAGUCCAGCUGAUGGAGUCCACGCAGGCCUGCAGCUCCUUCUCUGAGCAACAAAGACUGAGUGAGAAACUCCAAAAGAUGACUCUGACCAGUGAGAACACAGCGAGCCAAUCAGAAGACCCAUCUGGAGCAGGAGAGGAGCUGAAGUUGUGUGUAAACCAACAGGAGAUGCAGAUAAAUGUGAAGAGCCUUCUGCAGGUUACCGAGGCAACGCCAUCAUCUCUCUAUGACCAUCCAGCUGUGCACCACAUUGGGCCACACCUCCCCGAACACCACCCACCAUCACCAGGAACAGGACCAGUCCGCCUUUAGACACGAAGGGAGAUCGUACUACCACAAAAGAUUCGGGUUGUUUGGAGUCCACACCUCAGAAGUGAUAUUGGAAUUACACUGGGUUUAUUAUCAGUGUUGUUUUAUCUAUUUCCGAGUGCUGUGUUUUUUAUGUGCAUUUCUCUUUGUCUGAAACAUU